AUGAACGCACUUGAUUCAACAAUCCAGGAAUGUGUAGAGUAUCUAUUUCCAAUUUUUGCAGAUAUUUCAAGGAACGCUGAAUCUAUACUGACGAAACCAUCUUCAUUGAUUCAAUAUAAAGAAAUCAUUGAUUUAAAAUGGCAACCAUUACAGAUAAUGAAUAUUUCGGAUAGCAAUUUGGACUCAGUAACUGACAUCAUACUUAACAGAAUUGUCUCAGACACAUUAAUGGCUGUCGAUGAAAUAGACAACCAAGAAAUAACUAUGACUUCUAUUGAAAAGGUUCAAUUGUGUGCUACUGUCUUAGACUUUAUUUACUAUUCUAGAAAGAGCAGAAAAUUUCCUGAAAGUUGGAAAGCAUCUUUCUUUAGAUUAUUCAGUGAAGUACUAGACAUAUUAAACUGGCCUUCAAAUAUUGCUGAAUUCUUUAGUUAUCCUGAAUCACGUAUUGAUUGGUUAAAGUCGAAUCCAACAGCUGAAGAAGAGUAUAACGGUAUAUCUUCCUUAAUUAGUUAUAAAAAUCCAUUAUCAGAAUAUCUACGUCAUUGGAAUGAACUUCUAUCUACAUUAGAAAAGAACACUACUUUCAACACCCCUGCCCAUUACAAAAUGAAAUUUAGAUUGGAAAAGUUUAUUUCAAAUCUGUUGCCGAUAUAUGAAGAAUCAAAUUUUAAUAGAUCUGCUCAAAUAUCACAGAGACAGGAUUCUUCCAACCCGUGGAAUAAAACAAAAAACAACACCAGACCAACAACAUCUCCUGAAAUUCUCACAGAAGAUUAUUUGUAUUUGUACAACAAAUUAUUAACAAAUCCUAUACUGUUUACUUUUAAUACCUUCCAAACGAAACGUGAUGCCGAGCGUGCAGUUGGUGUAUUGUUAGACGCCAUUCUAGAUGCAGAGGACGCAUUUUAUAAACAAGCAAGGUUUCAACAUAAAAAUAUGUCUAUAAUUAAUGAAAAACUAAACCAAAAUUACCAAGCUGAUUUUACUGUAAUUCCUAAAUCUCAACCGAGCUACUUAAAUGAUUGUUCCACUUUCCAAUCUUCUGAGGAGCAGUUAUGGUCUAGUAUAGUUCGAUUUUAUGAGAAUAAUGAUCAUAUUCCAAGACCUACUACUUUAGCAUUUGCGACCAAAAACCCUACUGUUCUAUAUGAUCAACUACUGAAAACGAAUAACGAUAUGUACAGAAAACAGUUCGUAUUACAGAUAUUAUUUGUUUCUCAACUGUUAGAAAAGCUAAUUGAAUCUGAAGAGAUCAGAAAAUUUUAUAAAUUAACCAAAGAAAAAGAAGGUGGAAAAAGCAUAAUUGAUAUUAAUAAAUUGGAAGAAUCAAAUCUGAGGAAAUUAGCUUCCAUUUAUACCCAUGUUUGUAAAAACCGUAUCGCGACUUUCUACCAAACCAGAGACGCCACAUUCUCAAACAUAUUCAAACAAUUGUUAGAAGAUAAUAACAACUAUAUGUUGGCAAAAAUAAACAAUUUCAAAUAUUUUCAAAAUUUUAAAGUUCCUGAACAAAAUAAAAUAAUGGAAAUUGACUUGAACUUCAAAAAAUUUGGGUUCAUCAAGCUCGGUAAUAAACAAAUUGACAACGUUUGGAAAAUAAGAACAGGCCUAGAUUGCAUAGUUGACCAAUCUAGAAAUCCUGAUGAUAUAUUUAAGGACCUAAAAGAAGAAUAUGAAAACCAAAAUAAACCAAAUAGUAACGGUAAAGAUGAAAUUGUACAUCAAUGGCAAAUUUUAAGAUCUAUUAGAUCACAAUAUCUAUCUGAAUUUGGUAAAUAUAAUGAACUUAGUGGUAUUGGAGGACUUUUUAAAGAUAAAAAUUUGAGUGAUAUAGAGUCUAGAAGAAUUGCAUUAAGAUCAAAAUAUACAUCUUUAGCAAACCAACCACACAAAGAUUUAUUACAGAAAGCCCGUCAGUAUAUGGAAGAAAGGGAAACUUUAAAGAGAAAACGUGAAGAAGAGGCGGAUGAAUCACAAAAUAAGAAAGUCCAAGUGGAGGUGACCGAUUCUGGUUCUAUUGUAGAUCAACCGAAGGAAAACGUUGAAACUGAUUCUAUUAAUAUCGAGAAUAAAAACGAUAUUGAAGUGCAGUAUAAGGUUGAAACUAUAUAA